GGUGAGUCACCCAUGAGUAUUUACCUACUAAAGCCGGUGCCUGCCUGAGGUGUGCCGAACUUUGUACACCGGCCGCUGUCCCAGCCCUGUACGCUUUCACCUGGGGAAAGUUGGACACCUACAUUUGGAUCCGUACGGCCGCCAUAUUGGAAGUGGGAGCACAUUGGUGACAUACCGUUCUGGGGAGUUAAUUAGGGGCGAGACUUGUCGGGUCAGCCGGGCGGCACACAGGGGACCUCCGCCCGCCUAGCCGGGCCGGGACAGCUGCUGCUGAGGCCGGGAGUUCUCAGUCUCUACCCGAGCCUGCCUGCCGUACUUCCUGUAUGAAUAUUCCAUCGCGUGUCUGCUCAGGCUUUAUGUCAGUAAAGACCGACAAUCAGUGGAGUAAAAACCGCGCCAAGACAGAUUUACGUGGGAAAGAUGCCCUGAUUCAGCGCUGACUGUGGUAACAAGUCUGUCGUCUGACAUGCGAUGGAGAGACAACCUUCCAAAACGAAGAUGGACGUAGUUGGGGACAAGAACAACGACUUGUUCGAGUUCUUAGUCGGCGCAGAGCUGGAGAUGUACACCAAUGCCUUCAAGGAAACACUCAAGGUGAACUCUGUUGCGCAGCUGCGGGAUGUGGAUAAGAAGGACCUGCAGAUUGUGGGGAUGUCCCGCCCGGAACAGAAGCGGUUCAAGAGAUAUUACGACAAGAGGUUCGGGACGUGGAGCAAGCUGAAAAAGGUGUUCAAGAGAGAAACGGAGUCAAAAGCAGCCCCGACUGACCGGCUCCCGACAUCCCCUGCGAACGUGGGACGAGACCGUCACCUCAUUCCCAGUGACGCCAUCACCAUCAACUACCGCGCAGAGCCUCUCGGGAAGGGCGAGUUUGGCAUCGUGUACCGGGGUGUCUGGAGAAGGGAAGACGGUCAAAGGAUCCAGUGCGCGGUGAAGACGUUGACUAAGGAAAAGUUCGAGACUGCGCAGAGCGAGUUCUUCAAGGAGGCCACGAUCAUGUGCAGUAUGGAACACGACAACAUCGUGCGACUGUACGGCAUCGUGUUGGACUUGUGUCUAGGAUCGCUCAUGAUGGUGUCAGAGUUGGCCCCUCUGCGCUCUCUGUCUGACUGUUUGCGGGAUUGGAACCAGAGACCGCUGUUCCCCGUGUCCGUUCUGUGUGAUCUGGCCAUCCAAAUCUCCAGUGGGAUGCAGUAUCUGGACACGAAAGGGCUGGUUCACAGAGACCUGGCCGCUAGAAAUAUCCUCGUCUUUUCCCCGAAUUUGGUGAAGGUGAGUGACUUCGGCCUGACCAGAGCGCUGGGUGUGGGGAGGACAUACUUCAAGACGGCUACAACAGACAGGAAACUCCCGUUCGCCUGGUGUGCGCCAGAAGCGAUUAACGAGUUCGUCUUCACGUCCGCCACGGACGUCUGGAGCUUCGCCGUCACGAUGUGGGAGAUGUUCAGUUACGGGGAGCAGCCGUGGGCCACCUACAGCGGGGAACAGAUUCGCCAGGCUAUUGGCCCCCCUAUGUACCACCGGCUGGAGAGACCGCGGUUCUGCCCGUUCAGUCAUUACCGCAUCAUGCAUGAAUGUUGGAGCCACAAACCCAAAGAACGCCCAACCUUCACCAAGCUGUGUCACGUGCUGGAAGAGGCGAAACCGGAGCAGAGAGUAGCCAUUGCUGACGUCGACGGUGACGUAGUACAUGACCUCAUGACCUUGAAGGCUGGUGACGUCAUCACAGUGCUGGAGAAACCAAGUGACAGCCAUGGGUGGUUAGGCGCGUUAGAUGAGGACAAAAUCGGCUUCUUUGACCCUGAGAUGACGGAACCCUUCCAAACGGAGGCCGAGAAGCAAGAAAUGGCAGCCGCGGCGAUGGACAAGAAGAGGAAACUGAAGAAGACACCCCAACCAUCAACAGUGCAGAAAGAAGGGAACCAUUACGAAACUCGCCCAUCCUCUAAGCAUGACGGCUUCAAUGCGCUGUCCAAGUUCUACAUGAGCAUGCGCGGGAAGCGGCGGCCGGGUGACGGGCAGUCCGACUCGGGAGGGGGCGCUUCUUCCUCUGCAGAGAGAGACCAGUACUGUUCGCUCCAGGAAGAUGCACUUCCAGAGAAGCCCUCGGAUACGCCAGAAGAAGAGGUUCCAGCGCCCGCAGAUAGCGGUGAGCUGAAGACAUCAGCGGUGAAGUUUGAGCUCCCGGCGGCGCAGACAGAGUGUGUCGGUGCGGCGGGCGGGGAGACGGACAGGAGACAUUAUCAGAACCUGAACGGAACCGACAUUCCCGAAGAACCGGACCCGGAUGUAGAGCACGCCCCCCUCCCCUUCUCGCCCAGACCUGACUAUGACGUACCCAGACCGCAGCCUCGUCCUGAGGCAGUGGGGGCUGACGCAGACGGCCAGGACACGGCAGUGGAUGACGUCACGUACGACGUCCCCAGUCUCAACCCCCGACCUUCCACUAUGUACUUCAUGCGCAUGCCCGACUUGGGAUGUGAGGGUCUUUUAGACGAGGUUAUGUCCAGUUUCUCCACGGAGACGCUGGAGAGUUUGGGUGUGGACGAACCGCCGAGAAGUCGUCCCACAAGUCAAGCUGUCAAACUAGCGCCUCUAGCUGUAGAGGAAAAUGACUCUCCUAUUGUCACAAGGACUAGGCAAAGAAACGAGUCAGCUCCUUCGGAGUUACACCUAUCUGAACCGGAGAAGACUAAAGUGUCUUCUUCAAAAGCCUUAGACACUAAAGGCAAGAAGAACGCCAACGGUAAAAAUGGCAGUCGUGGUAGACUAUUAAACGAGGCAUCAAGGCAAUCUCCGAAAGCGGAUACGAAGGAUUUGAAGUUACAGGCGAGUAAGAAAGUUACAGGAGUCGGUAAGAGUCACUUAAGUAGUCGGACGAACAGUAAGACGGGUACGGAUGUGGCUUCCAGACAGUCUCCUAAACCUCUACUGUAUAUAAAGGAAGACCAAAGUACCGAGAAGUCCACGAGGCCACAUUCGACGGACCGGUCGCAAUCAAGAGUCAGGACGAGUAACGGGUCUUCUAAACCGGCCGUAAAACCUGCAGGUAAAGCUGAGAAGAAACCGGCGGCAACGUGUCAGUGUGGGCGGAACGGGACACGACCGGCGGGGAAGGGGUCUCCGUCUGAGACCGCCAAGGCGACGCAGAAGACAAGCCCCAAGGACGAGAAAGAGGAAACGGGUAAAAAGCCGCACAGUAGGAAACGUGAUCAGUCGCAGGAGACGGGCGGAGGAAACGCCGUGGUGCUGAGGAAACUUGUGCGGGAGAACAGGGACCGGAGACCGAGGAGCGGCAGCGGAGAGGACGGCCUGGUCAAGUUCAUGAAGAGGGCUCUUCCAGAUGAGGCCACACCAGAGAUGUGCUCCUUCGCACUUCAAGCCACAAACUGUAACGUCGAGCAGGCCAACAAGUUUGUGAAACUCCAGCUGCGCACGCGCCAGGACUACUCCCAGUCAGACCUGCGCGCGCAUGCGCUUCGGCGCUUGAAGCAGAACAACUGGGACAUCAACAAGACCACGCGGGUGCUUCUGGGAGAAGAGGAGGAUAGGCACGCGGUGGGGAAACUCCAAUAGGACGUUUUGUUGUUCGUCAGAACUGUCAAUCAUUUCUGUGCUGACCAAUAGUGGCUUUGGGUGGAGCUCUAUGGCAACCAUUGUGAAAGUGUGAUAGUUUGACUUUGUUCAAAACGUCUAGAUCUCAUUUCAAGUCAAUCAUGUGAUGAAUUGUGCAUUCCAAUGAAAGGUAGUGGUCUUACGAUUUCACAAAAUCUAAGUUGUCUCUCUCUGGAAAUGGCCACUGUCUGUUGUGAACAAUUCUAAAAAAAGAGGCGUAAUUUAUUUUGAACCAAUGAAAUGGAGUAAAAGUUAUUUUGUACUUAAAGAAUGGUCGACCAAUGGGUGGGAAAGGUAAUUACUGAUUGGACGUUGAGCUGAGGACGUUGUUUUUGUGUGGUGAGGUUUGAGAGGUCUGAUGAUCACGUGAUUGUCACGUAGGUAUCACGUGCCUUUCACGUGGUAAUAAUGAAAUGGAAAGCUUGUACCUAGAGAGUAUUUUUCAAUGUGUGCUGAGGCGAUGUAUAUAUUGUUGGCUUGUACAGAUGUUGGGUAUGUGCGUAUCGACAGCGUGAGGACCUUGUAUAAGAGAAGAGAGGACCGGGGAAAGAGCAAAUUAUAUGUGAAGAGUUAUGACGUGUUGCGAAAUCGUGCCAUAUGUGUGCUGAAGUUUUGACAGUUUUGAGAUUUUGAUUUGCCGAAGUCUUCGACGGUUCUUUAAUGUUGUUUCUAUGCAUAUUCAGGUUGAGUUGUUCGUUUGUUACAUCGAAAUUUGUAUUUGGUCCCCUCAGUUGUAUAUUAUUUCGCACACCACCGAAGAUGAUUAAAAUGUCAUAAAGUAUAGACUGUUUUUCAGUUGUAGUUUUUUGUUGAUUUCUUUUUCA